GUGAUGGUCAGCGGACUCGGAACGUUUGAAGAAAUAAAUGAGAAAGAAAAACGAAAACGAUUAUUUUCUUCAAGUAUAAAGUUAAUAUAAUAUGUACUCUGAUCUUCUUUUCAACGUUGAUGGAGGCUAUCUCGAGGGUUUAGUUCGUGGCUUUAGAUCUGGAAUUUUAAAACGAACGGACUAUCAUAAUUUGGAGCAAUGCGAAACGCUGGAAGAUUUGAAGUUGCACUUGCAAAGCACAGAUUACGGCAGUUUCUUGCAAAAUGAAGCAGGGCCACUGUCAGUGUCUGUAAUUGAUGACAGGCUUCGUGAGAAAAUGGUCAUGGAGUUUCGUCAUUUGAGAAAUCAAGCUGUGGAGCCUUUGGCUACAUUCAUGGAUUACAUCACAUAUAGCUACAUGAUUGACAACAUCAUUUUACUCAUAACUGGCACUUUGCAUGAAAGAACUAUCUCCGAACUCAUCCCAAAAUGUCAUCCACUGGGAAGUUUUGAAGAAAUGGCCUCCAUCAACAUAGCAGGGACACCAGUAGAGUUGUACAAUGCUGUCCUGGUCGAUACACCACUUGCUCCAUUCUUUGUGAAUUGCAUAUCUGAACAAGAUUUGGACGAGAUGAACAUUGAAAUUAUAAGAAAUACAUUGUACAAGACAUACCUCGGAAGUUUCUACAAGUUUUGUGAAGAUCUUGGUGGUGUCACGGCUGAAGUCAUGUGUCCAAUCUUACAGUUUGAAGCGGACAGACGAGCGUUCAUGAUCACCAUCAAUUCUUUUGGCACCGAACUAAGUAAAGAUGACCGCGUUAAGCUGUUUCCAACCUGUGGUAAACUUUACCCAGAAGGACUUGCGAUGCUUGCUAAAGCUGAUGAAUACGAUCAAGUAAAAGUGGUUGCCGAAUAUUAUGCGGACUAUCGACGGCUAUUUGAUGGCGCUGGUACGAACCCCGGGGAAAAGACUCUGGAAGACAAAUUCUUCGAACACGAGGUAAAGUUGAACACUCUCGCUUUCGAGCAACAGUUCCAUUUCGGUGUCUUCUACGCUUUUGUGAAAUUGAAGGAACAGGAAAGUCGAAAUAUCGUUUGGAUUGCCGAAUGCAUUGCGCAGCGCAAUAAAGCGAAAAUUGAUAAUUAUAUUCCCAUAUUUUGAAUCGGGCAAAAUUUAAACUGGAUGCGACAUUUCUUAGAAAUUGAACGCGAAUCGUUAUUGAUUUUCAAAUGCGAGUAUAUUGACAUAUAAAUAACAUAAUUGAACGUGUAAUUUGUUAUUCAUAUCUUAUAAUCAUCAUUGUUAUAAAAUAUGACAAACAGGAAAAUAAAUUUAUCUAUUAGUAUA